AAUAGAUCAAUUCAACAAAGUGAAGUCAACAAGUAAACUGGCUUCAGCUCCAAACUUCUGUAGAGUCUCUAAAAGGAUCCUCUUGAAACAAAUUGGAUUAAAAAGGGAGGGGGGAUAAAAAGAGACAUUUUAAAAUGAUUUGGCUCUUUUUCUUUCUGAAUUAGUGAACUGUGUGACACACAGAGGACUGGUCUGGUUUUUGAAAAGACAGACUUUUUAAAAGACUAUUUAAAAGACUUUUUUAAGGAUUAAGGAUUGAAGUUUUGAGUGAUGGCUGGAUGCUGCGUGUCGGCGGAGGAGAAAGAGAACCAGAGGAUCAACGAGGAGAUUGAGAAGCAGCUGCGCAGAGACAAGAAGGACUCACGCCGGGAGCUGAAGCUGCUGCUGCUGGGUACUGGAGAAAGUGGGAAGAGCACCUUCAUCAAACAAAUGAGAAUUAUACAUGGAGGAGGAUACUCAGCUGAAGACAAGAGAAGCUACAUCAAACUGGUUUACCAGAACAUUUACACGUCCAUGCAGGCGAUGAUCCGAGCCAUGGAGCCUCUCGAUAUUUCUUUCUCCGAUCCCCAGAAUAAGAACAAUGCAAACUCAGUCCUGGAUGUGGAGGUGGACAAAGUGGAGCAGCUGGAUCACGCCAUGGCCAUCAAGAGUCUGUGGAGCGAUGCAGGAAUACAGGAGUGCUACGACCGACGCAGGGAGUACCAGCUGUCUGACUCCACCAAAUACUAUCUCACCGACCUGGAGAGAAUCUCACAGCCGUCUUACAUGCCCGACCUUCAGGACAUCCUCAGAGUGCGAGUGCCGACCACAGGAAUCAUCGAAUAUCCGUUUGACAUGGAGAACGUCAUUUUCAGGAUGGUGGAUGUUGGGGGUCAAAGGUCAGAGCGGAGGAAGUGGAUCCACUGCUUUGAGAACGUCACCUCCAUUAUCUUCCUGGUGGCGCUCAGUGAGUACGACCAGGUCCUGGCUGAGUGCGACAACGAGAACCGUAUGGAGGAGAGCAAGGCUCUGUUCAAAACCAUCAUCACUUACCCGUGGUUCCAGCGCUCGUCUGUCAUACUGUUCCUGAACAAGACCGACAUUCUCAAAGAGAAGAUCGUGUACUCUCACUUAUCCACAUACUUCCCUGAAUUCACAGGACCUCAGCAGGAUCCUGGAGCAGCUCAAGAAUUCAUCCUCAAAAUGUACCAAGAACAAAACCCGGACAAGGACAAGACGUUGUACAAUCACUUCACCUGCGCCACAGACACAGAAAACAUCCGCUUUGUUUUUGUGGCCGUCAAAGACACCAUCCUCAGACACAACCUGAAGGAGUUCAAUCUGGUGUGAAAGGAAGGAGAAGGAAAUGAAAAAAGCUACAGGAGUAAUGAAGAAUGACAUGAUGAGAGCCUAAAUAAGUUAAGCCUAGAUAAGUUAAAGACAUUUUAGGCUGAAAUGUUUUUUUGAGAUCUUAUGCACCUGUGCACAUCCAGCUGAAGAUGAUAUGACGAUGUUUAACACACAUAAACAUUAAUUAUACUUUUCUGUAGAGAUGAGAAUAUGAACGUUAGUGGAAACUUGAAGUGUGGACUAUUUUUUUACAGUGUGACAGUUGGUAUGACUUCCCUUAAGACAUGUGAUUAAAUAUGGUCUAUAAAA